UUGAGGAAAACGACGCAGUUUAGGCCGGGCGGGGAACAUUUCGGGUGCGGCGAGAAUGGCGAUUGCUGCGGACAGCCUCGAGAAGGCCCCCGGUUCAUGUGGUACUGGCGGCCGGAACUGAGGCCUCGAGAUAGACGUAAUGAAGCCCAGACCCGCCGCGUUCGUGGAUAAUAAACUCAAGCAGCGAAUUAUCCAGUACCUCACCAGUAAUAGAUGUGGCAAAUAUGUGGACACUGGAAUCUUAGCAUCUGAUUUGCAAAGAAUGUACAGUAUAGAUUAUGGUCGAAGAAAAAGAAAUGCUUUUAGGAUUCAGGUAGAAAAAGUAUUCAGCAUAAUUAGUAGUGAGAAAGAAGUGAAGAAUCUGGCAGAAUUCGAAGAUGAACAUCUGGCAAAAAGAGCAAGGCAAGGUGAAGAGGAUAAUGAGUAUACUGAAAGCUAUUCUGAGGAUGAUUCAAUUGUGGAAGAUUACCCAGAUCCACAGUCAGCAAAUCACAUGAACAGUUCGCUGCUCUCUUUAUAUCGGAAAGGAAAUCCUGAUUCUGUCUCAAAUACUCCGGAGGUGGAGCAAAGAGAAACUACUACUUCAGCACCACGACUAACUAAAACAAGUUCCAUUCCUUUGAAGACUCCUGCAAGAGAAUCUGAGGGAGGAUGGUUUAUUGAUAAAACCCCAUAUGGAAAAAGAGACAGCUUUUUCUUGGACCUAUCAGAUAAUAAAAGUAACCAUAAGAAGCCAGUAUCUGAUAUCCAGGAUUCAAAAGAGUCUUCUUUUCUGGAGAGUGAUAAUAAAAGGAAGGGUAGGCUAAAAGGCAAAGGAAACAAAAGAAAGAAGGAAGAUCUUCAGGAAGUGGAUGGAGAAAUAGAAGCUGUCCUGCAAAAGAAAGCCAAAGCCAGGGCGCUAGAACUGCAGAUAUCCAGUGUGAAGUUUGAAGAUGUUGGAGGCAAUGAUACUACAUUAAAAGAAGUCUGCAAGAUGCUCAUUCACAUGCGUCAUCCAGAAGUGUACCAGCACUUGGGUGUUGUGCCCCCACGUGGAGUUCUUCUUCAUGGACCACCAGGCUGUGGGAAGACAUUGCUUGCACAUGCAAUUGCUGGGGAACUUGACCUGCCAAUUUUGAAAGUAGCUGCUCCAGAGAUUGUGUCGGGAGUUUCUGGGGAGUCCGAGCAGAAGCUCAGAGAUUUAUUUGAGCAAGCUGUGUCAAAUGCACCCUGUAUUGUUUUCAUCGAUGAAAUUGAUGCUAUUACUCCCAAAAGAGAAGUUGCUUCAAAAGAUAUGGAACGAAGAAUUGUAGCCCAGCUCCUAACCUGCAUGGAUGAUUUGAAUAAUGUGGCCGCUACAGCUCAAGUCCUGGUUAUUGGAGCUACUAAUCGACCAGAUUCGUUAGACCCUGCUUUGAGACGUGCAGGAAGGUUCGACCGAGAAAUAUGCCUAGGUAUCCCUGAUGAAGCAUCCAGAGAAAGGAUACUUCAAACUUUGUGCCGAAAACUAAGACUUCCUGAGACUUUUAACUUUUGUCACUUAGCACACUUAACGCCAGGCUUUGUUGGUGCUGAUCUGAUGGCACUCUGCCGAGAGGCAGCUAUGUGUGCAGUCAACAGGGUCUUGAUGAAGCUACAUGAACAGCAGAAGAAAGAUCCUGAGAUUGAAUGUUUGUCAUCUGAAGGAGGCCAAGAAGAAAGAUUGGGAACUGAACCCACAUCUGAAACUCAGGAUGAAUUGCAAAGGCUUCUGGGGUUAUUAAGAGACCAAGAUCCCCUUUCAAAGGAGCAAAUGCAAGGACUGUGCAUUGAAUUGAAUGAUUUCAUUGUGGCUCUAGCUUCAGUCCAACCCUCUGCCAAAAGAGAAGGCUUUGUCACUGUCCCAAAUGUGACAUGGGCAGAUAUUGGUGCCCUAGAAGAUAUUAGAGAAGAGCUCACGAUGGCAAUAUUGGCACCAGUACGUAACCCAGACCAGUUCAAAGCUCUUGGAUUGGUGACUCCAGCAGGAGUCCUUCUUGCUGGUCCUCCUGGCUGUGGGAAAACUCUGCUGGCAAAGGCUGUGGCAAAUGAGUCUGGACUGAAUUUUAUAUCAGUCAAAGGCCCUGAAUUACUAAAUAUGUAUGUUGGUGAAAGUGAACGUGCUGUACGACAGGUUUUUCAGCGUGCUAAGAACUCAGCACCCUGUGUGAUAUUCUUUGAUGAAGUAGAUGCUUUAUGUCCUCGAAGAUCAGACCAAGAGACAGGUGCAAGUGUUCGGGUGGUGAAUCAGCUGCUUACAGAGAUGGAUGGUCUGGAAGCACGUCAGCAGGUUUUUAUUAUGGCAGCCACUAAUAGGCCAGAUAUCAUCGACCCUGCCAUUCUGCGCCCAGGUCGGCUGGACAAAACACUCUUUGUGGGUUUGCCACCCCCAGCAGACCGUCUUGCCAUCUUAAAAACUAUCACAAAAAAUGGCACCAAACCUCCCCUGGAUGCAGAUGUCAAUUUGGAAGCAAUUGCUGGUGAUCUUCGCUGUGAUUGCUAUACGGGUGCAGAUCUCUCUGCUUUGGUAMGAGAAGCUUCUCUCUGUGCCCUGAGACAGGAAAUGGCAAGACAGAAGAGUGGAAAUGGAAAAUGUGAGCUCAAGAUUAAUCAUACACACUUUGAAGAAGCUUUCAAGAAAGUGAAACCAUCUAUAUCAGUAAAGGAUCAAAUGAUGUAUGAAGCUCUUCAUCGCUCCCUCAGCCGGUGACAUAUUAAGCAGUUGCUUGGAGGAGUCCAGACAUCAAGCUAGCAGAGAAAAAUACCUGCUCUGAAGUACCCACUUUCAGUUUGACCCAGAUGUGGUCUCAUGUAAACAUUUUUCAAAUUAAUGUACUGAAGCUAGAGCUGAAGAUUCUUCUCAUCUGUUCCAUCCUUGUGGGAAUAUUCUCUAUUUUCUCUUUAAGACAAAGAAAUUUUUUUAAAA